UAACGAUAGUUCCGAACCAUCACUCGCAGGAUCCAGACACUAUUUCACCAAGUCGCCAGGAUCCAGUGGUGUUUUGGAGCGGACAGGCGCGCCAGAUGAUGGCAACCACGCGACCCGAGUCUGACAUUAGAUAAAAAUAUCUGCUGUUAAAAAUACAUGAGAUCGAAGAAGGAGGGGAAAAUGUUCUGCACAAAGCUGAAAGAACUUCAGAUAUCCGGCGGAGAGUGCCCGUUUUCCGGCAGGAGCAGCCAGCGCGCGGACUGCGAGGCCCCCUGUGGAGCCGCCGGAUUGUUGCCCAUCUCUGCCGACGUGCGCGGACAGAUCGGUGAGGAUCGACCUCGUCACAGAAGCCACAGAAGCAAAGUUAACCUGCACACGCUCGGAGAGAGCAUCCGCAAAAUCGCGUGCCCUGAGUUUCACAGGCUGCACAGCGCGCUUCACAGGCUGAUGGUUCGGAACACGGAUCCUGAAAGUGUAGCUUGUCGCACGGAUGGUCCGAGCUGCAACGAAGACCCAGAGCAUUUAGCGGAGCUGAUGAACUCGCAUUCGAAGAGGACAGGAAUCUCCACGGAAGCUCUGAAAAUCUCUCUGGGCGAGGAACUCUUUGACAUGUGCUACGAGGAGGACGGACACAUUCUGAAGGUGGUGGGGGGAGCUCUCCACGACUUCCUAAACAGCUUCAAUGUCUUGUUGAAACAGAGCAGCGCACAGCGGGAUUGUGUAAACCAAGCAUCUGUGCUGUGCUUAGACAAAGAUCCGGGUCUGCUCACUGUCUACUUCUUCAACCCACACCUGACCACGAAGCUCUUCUUCCCCGGGGUAAUCCGAGCAGCUGCUCGCCUGCUGUAUCACACCACCGUGGAUGUGUUGAUGGAUCCCCCGAACGCUAAAGACAGCAUCCUUCAGUCCAGCCCCCAGCCAAGUCUGCUCUACACCGUCAUCGUCAAGGAUGCCAAGAGCUUGAGUCCCAGUCCCCUCCGAGCCACGACAGCUGGGACUCUUCCGACCUCCCUCUUCUCCACCAUCUUUCCUUUCCAUCUCAUCCUGGACCAGGACUUGGCUCUCGUUCAAAUUGGACACGGGCUAAGGAAGAGACUGACCAGGAAGGAUGGAAUGAGGCGAUCAGCUACUUUUCAAGAACACUUCUCCAUUGUGUCCCCUCAGAUUAAAGUCACCUUUCAGAGCAUCCUGACCAUGCUGAACACCCAGUUCAUCAUCCGGAUCAGGCACACGGCCUCAGACAACGCUGGGAAGCCCAUGGAUCUUAAAGGUCAAAUGAUCUACGUCUCGGAGUCUAACGUCAUCUUGUUCCUGGGUUCCCCCUGUGUGGACAAACUCGAGGAGCUGACCGGCCACGGGCUCUACCUGUCGGACAUCCCGGUUCACAACGCGCUGCGAGACGUGGUCCUGGUCGGGGAGCAGGCCAAAGCGCAGGACGGUCUGAAGAAGCGGCUCGGGAAGGCUAAAGCCGCCUUGGAGCACGCUCACCACGCCCUGGAGGAGGAGAAGAAGAAGACCGUGGACCUGCUCUUCUCCAUCUUCCCCGGGACGGUGGCUCAGCAGCUGUGGCAGGGUCAAACCGUCCAGGCGAAGAAGUUUGACCGGGUCACCAUGCUGUUUUCGGAUCUGGUGGGCUUCACCGCCGUCUGCUCCAUCUGCACACCAAUGCAAGUGAUCACCAUGCUCAAUGAGCUCUACACCCGCUUUGACCACGAGUGUGGAGAGCUGGAUGUCUACAAGGUGGAGACGAUCGGAGAUGCCUACUGUGUAGCCGGAGGGUUACACAAGGAGAGCGAGACUCACGCGCUGCAGAUUGCACUGAUGGCCUUAAAAAUGAUGGAGCUCUCCGACGAAGUCAUGACCCCAACUGGAGAACCAAUACAGAUGCGGAUUGGUCUUCAUACUGGUUCCGUGCUGGCCGGUGUUGUCGGAGUCAAAAUGCCUCGCUACUGCCUUUUCGGGAACAACGUCACGUUAGCAAACAAGUUCGAGUCCUGCAGUCAACCACGGAAAAUCAACAUUAGCCCCACAACUCACAGAUUACUGAAGGAUCGUCCAGAGUUUGUCUUCAUUCCCAGGAGCAGAGAGGAGCUUCCGGCCAACUUCCCAGAAGACAUCCCUGGUGUUUGCUAUUUUCUAGAGCCGUCCAUCAAAAGUUCCCAGCUGAAAUGAAGCUCUUCUGAAAACAGAACAGUUGUGCAAAACAUGACGUGACAUAGUGAACACAGUGAAAAAUCUUCAAUGUUUCGGGUUGUUCUGGUGGCCAUGGUGUCUACAGGUUGUAGCUCGUGUCUUGUAUCAAGUUCCCAUUUGUAUGGUCCAUUUGUUUUCCAGAAGGUGAGUGUUGGUCGUCCAAACAGGGCAGUUUAGUGACAACAUCUUUACAUAUGACAGUUCACAUCUGUGAGGAGGAACAUGAACAUUUGUACAUGUGUAAUAAAUGUAGCUAUGUAGCGGAAACAGAAGGAGAGUGACAAACCUGAGAUACCCAACACUUCCAUUAGAAGAAAUCGUGCUGAGCAGUUCAGGUGCCUUAUGGGAAAUCACAAGCUGAUCACUGAUCUUCAACAUUUAUACGUCACAGCUCCUUUAGAUUUUCUAUUGAAACCACCAGCAACAUUUUUUAGUGCGUGGUUCAGUGAUCUUGUUUCAUAGAGACAGAUAGGUGAAGUGUAUUUUUAUGGUUUUUCACUGUACACAUUUAUAAUAUAUUUAUAAUAUUGUUUUCUGAGCACUUGUUUCCCGCACAGUGGGAGUGUACGAUGAAUGUCCCGCGAUCACUCACGAUGAUGUGCCGUCAUCAUUCAUGUAAUCAAAUAAUAAAAGGAUUUCAGUGACUGGACUGAUUUUUAAAGUUUGCAACACCAUUCUAACCAAAACCUGCUGCAGUCUUCCCACUUAUGUAUCUGCUACUUAGGUAUUUUUGCUUUCCCUCUUCUCAGUAAUCUCAGAGAAAAAUAGCUUGUGCUUAAAAUUCUUCUUAAGUUUUUCUUCCAGUUUCUGUCGCAAGCAUCUCUGCUACCGCACUAACACUCUUCUCUACAGCUGAAGAUGUUUUGUAAACUUUGACUGAUACUGGCUCUUAUUUACCUGCUGCCAU